AUGAAAAUUUCUUUAGGAUAUGUGGUCAAAAGAAUAAAACAUCUGCUUUUAAUGACUAUAGAUUUAAAAAUAUGGAAAGGGUGUUAUUUAGAAACAUAUACAAAAAUCGGGGCUUAUGACUUUUUGCAAUGA